AUGGGUGAUGAAGAUAGCGAAGUUGGCUUACCUCAGAAGGGCCUAAAUAUGAUUAUUAAAGAUGUGAUACCAGAGAUGAGAGUAGCAAAUGAAUCACGUGAAUUAUUGAAUGCUUGUUGUGUGGAGUUCGUAAGGCACGUAUCACGUGAGGCACAGCGUAUUUCGGCAGACGAUCAGCGCAAAACAAUUUAUCAUGAACAUGUUCAGAAAGCCCUAAUAAAUUUGGCAUUUCCAUAUGAUUACGUUGAAGCAGCAGAUAGUGUGCUCAGUGAGUGUAAAAUAGCUGCGGAAAAUAAAUUGAAACGAAAAAAUUCACGGCUGGAUAAAUGUGGUAUUCCGGAGGAUGAGUUAUAUUUAAUGCAACAAAAGCUAAUUGAGAAGGCAUGCAAAGCACGUCAGGAACAACUGGAAGCGGAAGCAGCGGAACUAAAUCGACUUCAGCAAGAAAAUAGAGGGAUACAACGCUCGCUAAGCGAAUUGCUAUCGAAAGAUGAAGAUGAUGAAGAUUAUGAUACUGCUUGA